AUGAAGUCUUAUGCCCAGAAAAGUUUGGAUGAGGUCUAUUCUUUGUCAUUUAUCGACCAUUUGGUCCCUCAAGUUCUGGAAGAAUUGUACGGGGCUACCAGAAAAACAGUAGAGCGGCUAUUUGAAGAUAUUCAAAGUCAUGCAGAGUUUUCUAGACGCCGCAUUGAUGAGAAAAGAAGUAAUCGCCGUGAAAAAGGUGUUUUCAAAGGACCAGAAUUGGACGAAUUCAAAGAACUUGUUGCCGAUCUCAUGUUUGAACACAACAUUCAACAAAGCGAUAAGAUCAAGAGACUAUGCCAUGACGGCCAUGUAGCAGCAGCCAACACUCAGAGACAGAUUACGUUCCGCCACCUUGAUCAGAUGCAAGACUUAUCAGGCGUACUAGGCCUUCCCUGGUUGACGAGAGACAGUGACCAGCAGCUACUCGCCGAAUGUAGGUUGGCCAACGAGAACAGGCCUUUAGAAAGACGGUUUGCAAAAGAGGAUCACUCGGCCUCAUUUGCGCUUCAGCAAGGGAAUCUUGAACUUCUGGAAUCGAAAAAGUCAUACCAAGAUUGGAGUUUACAUGCCACAUCCUGUCUAUUGCUAUUGAGCGGCCAGGAUGCGACUUCCGGGGCCAGCAGCUUAUGCUGGAUCUCGCCAAUGGCAUUGGAAUUUUGUGAUUCUCUGAAGCACGAAGAAGGUUGUCUUGCCGUAUUUGUACCAACAACCAAUAUUCUCAAGCGAUCUGGUGCCACUCGGGAUGUGUCAUAUGAGACAACCUUGCUAAGUUAUAUUUUGUACCAGUUGUUACAACAUAACGAGAAGCUUCGAGAAGACCUUUAUUGUGUAAUCAAGAGAGAUUCAGAGAAAAGCCGAUCCACGCCCGAGGCAAACAAUACAGCCUUCGAGCUUUUAGAGAUGACAUUGCAACACUUGGACGACAGUAUCCGUUACUAUUUGGUUGUUGAUGAGGUUAUGCUUCCCAGUGAUGAGAAUCAGGAGCCGCAUGACUUCUUUUGUACCUUGGCUGGACUUGUUUUGAGUGAAAGCUUGAAGGUCAAGAUCAAGGUCUUGGCGAUAUCAAGUUCAUGGCGUUGGGUUAAAUGA